GCAGCGAAGUUUCCGGGACUGGUGAGUAGUGGGCGAUUUAAAAACCCGCGAGUGUAGUUGUGAUCUUCGAGAAACUUGAACUUUACCUGAUUUCUGUAUGUUGUCAUCUUGUGUACGCCCGGUCCCCACGACAGUCCGGUUUGUAGAUUGCCUGAUCUGCAGUUCUUCCCGUUCCUUCAUGGAUUUGAAGGCUCUCCUUUCUUCCUUGAAUGACUUUGCAUCCCUCUCCUUUGCCGAGAGUUGGGACAAUGUUGGAUUACUGGUGGAACCAAGCCCACCACAUACUGUAAAUACGCUCUUCCUGACCAAUGACCUGACUGAGGAAGUGAUGGAGGAGGGGCUGCAAAAGAAGGCAGACCUCAUUCUCUCCUACCAUCCGCCUAUCUUCCGACCCAUGAAGCGCAUAACCUGGAACACCUGGAAGGAGCGCCUGGUGAUCCAGGCUCUGGAGAACAGAGUCGGUAUCUACUCUCCUCACACAGCCUAUGAUGCCGCACCCCAGGGCGUCAACAACUGGUUGGCUAAAGGGCUUGGAGCUUGUACCUCCAGGCCCAUACAUCCUUCCAAAGCUCCCAACUACCCUACAGAGGGAAACCACCGAGUAGAAUUCAACGUUAGCCACACCCAAGCCCUGGACAAAGUCAUGUCUGCAGUGAAAGGAAUUGAUGAUGUUUCUGUCACUUCUUUUUCUGCUAGGAUUGAUAAUGAGGAACAAACACGGAUUAGUCUGAAUUGUACUCAGAAGGCUUUGAUGCAGGUGGUAGAUUUUCUUUCUCAGAACAAACAACUUUAUCAGAAGACAGAAAUUCUGUCGCUGGAGAAGCCUUUGCUUCUACAUACUGGAAUGGGACGCUUAUGCACACUGGAUGAAUCUGUCUCCCUGGCAACCAUGAUUGAUCGAAUCAAAAGACACCUAAAACUAUCUCAUAUUCGCUUAGCCCUUGGGGUGGGGAGAACCUUAGAGUCUCAAGUCAAAGUUGUGGCCCUGUGUGCUGGUUCUGGGAGCAGCGUUCUGCAGGGUGUCAAGGCUGACCUUUACCUCACAGUGAUAUUUUCAGGAAGAACUUCAUUUCCAAGUGUCGGAUAUUUCAGGGGGUAUGUGACGACUGUAAGCUGACAACAGUAGCCAAGGUACCUGCUUUCCCAGCCUCUGCUCCAACUAUGGUUGACUAUGUGACCCCUGGACCAAUGAAUUGAGGGAAAAUAGCUGGCAGUUCUGAGAAAGAUUUUCAUCAAUUAUGUAAGAAAAACCCCUAUUUAUACCCAUCGUUUAAAGCUAUGAAAGCCAUUUUGCAACAUGAAGUAUCAAACCUAAAGAUGAAAAAUGCUGGUGGCAGAGUAAAAAGAUAGGAACAAUCUGGGUCCUUAAUGACACUGUUGAGUCACAUCAACCAUGGAACUUGCAUCUCCAUAUUUGUUUUGAUGUGAGAUACCUAAAUGUCUAUGGCUUAAACUACUAUUAUAGAAUUUUCUGUUGCUGCCUAUUGACAAUGUCAUUCUAACUAAUAUAGCACUCAAUAAAUGGUACUUAUGAUUAUAAUUAUUACUAAUACAUACACAUACACCAUCCCAGAGUUGAUUCAAGAAUCAUCUUUUUAGACAAACCACAACCUCACCCGUACAACUCCCCAGAAAUAAUAUAGCUAGUUUUACACUUAUUAAAUAAGAAUAAAGCCAGUUUCACAAUCAACAGGCAUAAAACUGUUUUUAAAAGCUAACUUCCAAAAUAUGAGUAAAAAAACUUUAUACUGCAGAGGAUUAUCCCAAGUCAGAAUGUAACAAACGUAAAUAUUAAAAAAAAAAAAAAAAA